AUGUUCAUUUAUAUCUAUCUAUCUAUCUAUCUAUCUAUCUAUCUAUCUAUCUAUCUAUUGCAGCAUGUUCAUUUAUAUCUAUCUACCUGUUUUUUUGCGUAUCUAUCUAUCUAUCUAUCUAUUGCAGCAUGUUCAUUAAUAUCUAUCUACCUUUUUAUUUCCGUAUCUAUCUAUCUAUCUAUUGCAGCAUGUUCAUUUAUAUCUAUCUAUCUAUCUAUCUAUCUAUCUAUCUAUCUAUCUAUCUAUCUAUCUAUCUAUCUAUCUAUUGCAGCAUGUUCAUUUAUAUCUAUCUAUCUAUCUAUCUAUCUAUCUAUCUAUCUAUCUAUUGCAGCAUGUUCAUUAAUAUCUAUCUACCUUUUUAUUUCCGUAUCUAUCUAUCUAUCUAUUGCAGCAUGUUCAUUUAUAUCUAUCUAUCUAUCUAUCUAUCUAUCUAUCUAUCUAUCUAUCUAUCUAUCUAUUGCAGCAUGUUCAUUUAUAUCUAUCUAUCUAUCUAUCUAUCUAUCUAUCUAUCUAUCUAUCUAUUGCAGCAUGUUCAUUAAUAUCUAUCUACCUAUUUAUUACCGUAUGUUUCUAUCUAUUUCAAAUUUUUAUAUCGUUUUCGGUCUCUCUUUCUCCCUCUCUCUGCGCAGGUAUGCAGAAAAUAGAAAAGAACACUCUGUUCACUAUCUAUCUAUCUAUCUAUCUAUCUAUCUAUCUAUCUAUCUAUCUAUCUAUCUAUCUAUCUCAGUCCCUUCAUCUAUCUAUCUAUCUAUUUAUCUAUCUAUCUAUCUAUCUAUCUAUCUAUCUAUCACAGUCUCUUCUAUCUAUCUAUCUAUCUAUCUAUCUAUCUAUCUAUCUAUCUAUCUAUCUAUCUCAGUCUCUUCAUCUAUCUAUCUAUCUAUCUAUCACAGUCUCUUCUAUCUAUCUAUCUAUCUAUCUAUCUAUCUAUCUAUCUAUCACAGUCUGUUCACUAUCUAUCUAUCUAUCUAUUUAUCUACCUAUCUAUCUAUCUAUGACAGUCUUUUAUCUAUCUAUCUAUCUAUCUAUCUAUCUAUCUAUCUAUCUAUCUAUCUGUCAUACUCGAAUAUCUACCUAUCGCUCUAUCUGACAUUAUCAAACAGCGAGUAUGUAUGUAUGUAUGCAUGUAUGUAUGUAUGUAUCUAUCUAUCUAUCUAUCUAUCUAUCUAUCUAUCUAUCUAUCAAUUUUCAUUCACAAACAACGAAUGUCUCUCUAUAUUUCUGAUAUUUUCAAACAUUAUCUAUCAAUUUUUAUUCUCACACAUCAAAUGUAUCUAUCUAUCUAUCUACCUUACAUUCUCAAAGAGCGAGUAUAUAUGUUCACUCUCAAACAGCGAAUGUUUAUCUGUCUGUCUAUCUAUCUGA